GAUCGAGUGAAAUUGGUGAGGUCUGCUUCUAAUCCACGAGUUUUAAAGGAGUGAGAUUGGAACUUUCUCUCUCUGUUUCUGUCGAUGCUUCGCUUCUUGUGAAGGGACUUAAACUUUGAGCAAUGUUGGGAGUUGAGGAGGUUUUUACAUUGCACUCUCUCUCUCUCGGGCUUGACAGGUCUGCUGCCUGAGUUCAGGGAAGUUUCGCCCGAAGGUGUGCGGUUAGUUUCAGUUGCAUGUGAGCAGUACAAGGGACUGGACCAUGGCUGCGUGCUGCUGCUGUCUAACCUUUCGCCGCUGUUUCUGCUGUCUCUCCGAGGAUGAGAAAGUGGCUUUUGACAUCAACAAAAAAAUCAACAAGGCGUUGAAACAACAGAAGCAGAGACGGAAGCGAGAACUUAAACUCCUGCUCCUGGGCACUGGAGAAAGUGGCAAGAGCACAUUCAUCAAACAGAUGAGAAUCAUCCAUGGGUCUGGAUACUCAGAGGAAGACAGAAAAGCCUUUGCAAAGCUGGUCUUUCAGAACAUUAUUACUGCGGUACAGUCCAUUGUCAGAGCUAUGGACACGUUGAAUAUACAGUAUCAGCUGCUGGAGAAUAAGGAAAAUUCUCAGGUAAUAAAGGAUUUAGAAGCUUAUAAGAUCACUACUCUUGAAAAGAACCAUGCAGAUGCGAUUAAGAGCUUAUGGAAUGAUCCAGGAGUGAGAAUAUGUUAUGAACGACGACGAGAGUACCAGUUGCUUGACUCUACAAAUUAUUACCUGACUGACAUCGAUCGUAUUGCAGCCAGUGAUUACAUACCAACAGAUCAAGAUGUCUUGAGAGUUCGAGUACCAACAACAGGCAUCAAUGAGUAUUCAUUUAACAUGCAUCAUGUAUCCUUAAGAAUUGUGGAUGUUGGAGGACAGAAGUCUGAGAGGAGAAAAUGGAUCCACUGCUUUGAGAAUGUCAUAUCGGUUAUAUUUCUGGCCUCUCUCAGUGAAUAUGAUCAAGUCCUAGAAGAGAGUGAGAAUGAGAAUCGAAUGAAGGAGAGUCUCGCCCUUUUUCAUUUUAUUUUGAAGUCUGACUGCUUUGUGAAUUCAUCAAUGAUUCUUUUCUUGAAUAAAAAAGAUAUUUUGGAAGAAAAGAUUCUUAGAUCGCAUUUAGGAGACUAUUUUCAUGAAUUUGAUGGUGCCAGAAGAAAUGCUUCUGCUGCCAUGAACUUUAUUUUAAAAAUGUACCUGAGGCAAAACGAAGAGAAACGAAAAAUCUACUGGCACUUCACUUGUGCCACAGACACAGAAAAUAUCCGUAAAGUCUUCAUGGACGUCAGGGACACGGUCUUGUUGCGGAGCCUGGAAGAGCUGGACUUAUUGUAGACAGACAUGAGGAGACUCCAGCGUCCAAUGCCCUCAGGGAGGCAAAAAUGGGAAUUUUAACCUCCUCUGUGCAGCACAAUUGAGGACAUAGCAAAAUUCCUCGAAAAGAAACACAGAUGCUCCCAGCAAUGACGUCAGGCUCUUCUCCCUUUCAGCUGUUGCAGCUCUAGUGUGUACAAAAUGAAACUGUUCUGGAAAUAUUUCCUUGAAUAUAUUAAAGUGGAGCUGCGCACAGCUUCUCUGGAGAGCAGCAAAACUCCAACUGAGGAUCAACCAGGGAGGGAUGGUCAACUGAUAAAGAAAUUAUAAUGUUGCAUCAUGCAUUGCUAAGGAGGUUGUUUGACCAUCACAAUGAUCUGAAAUUUGUUCUUAAAAGUUAGGUUGGUUCACUGCUUUUCACAUUCAGAAAUGUAAGUUUGAAUAGUGACUGUUUGAUCCUAGAAUCAGUGAUAAAGGGCCACGAAGGCUAUAUCCCAGUACAUGAGAAUGCCAGGAGGAGAGAAUGUCACUCACAGUUUGCAGGCAGGCAAAGUGUGAUUCGGUAUGACGGUUCCAUCCCAUUGUACCUUCAGAAAGUUGCCCCCACCCAAUACUGCGUUGUAAUUGUACUUUCCAGCACAAAUUAGGUGAAUAGCCAUGACCAAGCUCCAGCUUCAGCUCAGCCAAACACAGCCCUGCUUGGACAUAUAGGAUCCAUAACAAGAUGCAACCCCCUACAUUCAUACCAUUGGCUGCCUGAUGUGGCCAUUCUCAAAGUGCCCACCUCGACACACCUAUCAGAAAUCGUGCAACACAAAGUCCAUUACCCGAUUCCUCAGUAUCAGUCAAAUGGCUCUUUCUCCCCAUUUCCAAUACUUUUAGAACUGAAAGGUGGUGGAAAAAUAACACCUUUUUCAAUUGACCCCAUGAUUUUCCUCUCAUGUUGCUCUGCUGCAGUGACGUGGAGAUUAACCUUUAAUUCUUGGAGACUCCAGGCAAGUGCAAGAAGUUUUGCAACCCUAACUUGUGCCGAUAAAUUACCAAAUGAUGAGUUCAGUAACAACUUCCUUUGUGAAGAACUGAAAUGGUGGCUAACUCAAUUGUGGGUCAUACAAACUAAAGAUUCCGAGGUGUUGUAUAGCCAGCUUUUGGCAGCAUGUCAGCUCUGGAUUAACGACCAAUGAGAGAAAGUGAUGCCAGCUCUUGAGGCAUUUCAACUAGCCUCCUUUUCUCUACUUCAAUUUCUGACAUUGUCAGCUCACACUCCAGAAGCUAAAGAACACACUCUAUCAGGGCUACAGGUGUCUCAAAAAAGUGCUGUGCAAGGCAGAAAGAGACCAUUCAGCCCAAGUAACAGUUCUGUGCCAGCAUUUGUACUCCCGAAGCUUCUCUUCCCUCCCUAGUUCACCUAAGUCUCUGAACCCUCAUUUGGUUAUCCACCUUCCCCUUCUGCGAAAGAUUGAGUGACACUGUUGUGUGUGAACAGCAACAGAUUUCAUUGGACGCACUCUAAACCAAGGAUGGUGAAAGAAACAUGGAGCCCUGUCAGCCUAGACUCCGGUUUCACGUCAUCUGACACCAAUAUGGCAUGAUUCCUUGUACACAAUGAAUAACUGCAGCAAGAGUAAAUUUAUCACUCCUGUCAUCCCACGCCCUUUAAACACAUCUGUUGAGGACACAGUGGGGCUUGUUGUAAUUUCACUGUACCAAGGCUGAUGUUCUGGGUUAUGUAUUUGAAUCCUUCCAUGGCAGAUGGUGGCAUUUGAAUUGAACAAAAAUCUGGCAUAUAAACAAAAGAAUAGCUGAAAGAUAAUUAUGUGAUCAGUGUUGAUUGUUGUAAAAAUCUGGUUCAUUAAAAUCCAUUAGAGAAGGAAAUCUAUUGUCUUUACUUUGUUUGGCCUAUAGUGAUUCCAGACCCAAACCAAUGUGGUUGGCUGCUAACUGCUCUCUGGGCAUUUAGAGAUAGAUAAUAAAUAUUAGCCUGGCCAGUGACAUUCCCUGAACAAUUUUUUUUAAAAAUUGCCUCAGAUGCUCUUAUGUGAAAACAAAUUCCACAUUGAAACCGUUUCCUGUUAAAAAUGUUUGUCUCAAAUUAUCUACUGGGAUUAUUAGUAGGUAACAGAUAUUUACAGUCCCUAGUUGUUUUGCCUCCAUAGCAUUAGCCUUCACUGUACCACUUUGAUGGUAUAGAACUAAUAGGCCUCUUCUGUGCUGUUUGAUUUGAUGAUACCAGUACAUCACACUACCUGUGAGAUUGGUUAGCUCAUUUGGCUGGAUGGCUGGUUUGCAAUGUUGAGUGUUGCCAAUAGUGUGGACUCAAUUCCUAUGCUAGCUGAGGUUACCAUGAAGGAUUCUCCCUUGCCUGAGAUGUGGUGACCUCCAGGUUAAACCAUCACCAGCCAUCUCUCUGAGAUAACAAGGUGUAGAGCCCUAAGAAGGGUCUAGAACCGAAACGUCAGCCUUCUUGCUCCUCUGAUGCUGCUUGGCCUGCUGUGUUCAUCCAGCUAUAUGUCUUGUUAUAUCAGAUUCUUCAGCAUCUGCAGUUCCUACAAUCUCUGAACCAGUCAUCUUUCUAAUGAGAGAGCAUCACUAUGGUCUGGUAAGACUGAAUGCUGACUUUACUUUGCAUUUACGUG